AUGGAGGAGACCAAGAAGCCUAGCCCUGAUCCCGCAGCUGGAGUCGCUCCUGAGGGAGCUGAGCAAAACGAAAAGACUCCCAAGUCGACUUCAUCGCCACCAAUCCUAUGUCUGGGAGCACCUCGCACGGGGACGGCCUCCCUGAUGAAGGCCCUGCAGAUCCUGGGAUACCCCAACGUGCAUCACGGAUGGGACGCCUGUGAAGAAUACGAUCUCCAAUGGCAAUGGCCCAUCUUCGACAAGGCCAACGACGCGACCUUUCCAAACCUUCCGACAUACCGUGGCACGCCCUUUUCAAGAGAAGAAUGGGAUCAGGUCUUUGGCAAAUACGACGCCGUGUCCGACAUUGCCUCUCACUACGCCGAAUCUUUGAUCCCUGCCUACCCAGACGCCAAGGUCAUUCUAGUGGAGCGCGACAUUGAAAAGUGGUACAACAGCAUGGUCCCCAUUGUCAAGGACUCGACAAACCCCAGGCACCGAGCCUUUGUGACCAAGGUCUCUUACUUCACCGGCUACACCAGCGGUCCCGUGUGCUUCCGGAUGCAGCGUGGUUGGACGAGGUCAGAGUCAAAUAACGAUGUUGUCAAGAACCUCAAGACGGCAUAUGUCAGGCACUACAAGUAUGUGCGAGAGGCGGUCCCUAGCGAGCAGCUUCUGGACUUUAAGCUCACUGAUGGAUGGGAACCGCUAUGUCGUUUCUUGGGAAAAGAAGUUCCCGACGUGCCUUUUCCUCAUGUUAACGACGCUGCAGAGUACAAGGCGAGGGGUAAGAGGGUGCGCAAUAAGAUCCUCAAGGCGGCGGCACGCAAGUUUUUCUGCCCAUGUCUUGGUUGA